AUGACCGACACCACCUCGGUCGGGGCGCCCAUCGAGCUGCCCGUCCUCGACAUCUCCAACCCGCUGGACCCUAACGCGGGGAAGGCGAUGCUGGAUGCAGCCACCACCUACGGGUUUCUGUACGUCGACAGCAAGGGCACCGACUUUACCCCGGCGGACGUGAAGCGGGCAUUCGAACUGUCGCAAACCUUCUUCAAAUCCCCCGCCGAAGAAAAAGCGACCUGUCGCAUCGAACCCAAUGUGCGUCUGCGUCCCCUCACUCACCCCAGCCCCAAACGACCAUCACCUCUAAUGAUACCCUCCAGAACCGGGGCUGGUCCGGAAUGCACGUGGAGACCCUGGACCCGGAACAUCAGCGAACCCUCAAGGCAACUAACCAGCCAACUUACCUCCCCAGACCGGCGACUUCAAAGAGUAAGCCAGCCCCUGCCCCUCUUACCCUCCUCAAGCGCUCACAAACGAGCCAACAGAGCCUUCAACUUCGGCGAGUUCAUCAACAACCAAGCUCAGCAACCGCUCCCGCCAGCCUUAGCUCCGCACGAGGCCGAGAUCGCGCAUUUCGCCGAGCUGUGCCAGAAGACCUGCGCCAGGGUGCUGACCCUUCUGGCCUUGGGGCUUGGU